AUUAAAUUUGUGGUAAAAUGAACAAAGUAGAAAGCAAUAAAAUAUUCACUCUUUUAACAGGAGCAGCAGUCUUCACAGGAGUUAGUGUUCUACUUUUCAGAUUUCUAAAGAAGCCAGAUGAGUAUGAAUCUUUCAUAAUUAUAAAGGAAGUUGUCUAUUGAUCCUCAAGUUAUUGAUAGGGAAACUGUUAUCAAAAUUUUAAAGGAACUUAAGAAAGAGCUUUUCACAGUAUUUUAAAAUUUUGCUGCAGUUGCUAUAAAUGUUAAAUAAUAAUCUAUGGGAAGAGCUAGACCAGAAGAUAUUAAAAUGAUGCUUUUAGAACAACGUAUUUCUUUAGUAUAAUUUAGCCAUGUUUAGAGGAGAAAUUGAAUAAGUUGAAGAAAUGGUCUAUAGCUAAUUUAAAAUUACUAAAUAGUAGGUUGAACAUUAUUGUUAAAAUAUUUAUCGCGAUGAUCCCACUAUCAAAGAAUUAUAAAAAUAAAUGAAAGAAUCUUUUGAGAGAUCUUUUUCAGGAUAAUCUCCAGAUCCUCAAACAGAUAUUCCACCCUUUCUUACUGCAGAUACAACUUUUGAAAUACUUGAAAAAGUCAUGACUGAAAGUGCUCUUAAAUUAAAUGAAAAAUUAUUAGAAUUAUAAGAAAAAGGAGAAUAAAUUAAUUUCUAAAGUCCUAGAAUGAUGGAAAUUAUGUAAUCCUUAAAAAUGGAUAGUUCUAAGUAAAUACUUUUAGUCAUACUAGAAAAUAAAUCUUAGAAUAAUAUGGAUUAAAUAAAUUUGAAGAUCCAGGAAGCAAAAUUUUAUAAUAUGCCACCUAAGUUUAUAGUCAAUAACCUAAUAAUAAUUUUACUAUUAAAAUGAAAUAACUUGAUAUGAAAUAUCAAUCUAUCAUGGAAUAACUUAUUAUGUAAGGCCCAAUGAGUAAUGAAGAAUUAAAAUAAAGAAUGGAAUAACCUCCAUAAUAAAUACCAUUCUAAGAUAUUCAUCAAUCACAUGUUCCCCCUAAAUAAGAACCUGUUGAACCUUUAAAAUAAGAACCAAUCUAAGACAUUCAAGAUUUAUAAAAAGAAUCAUAAUUAAAAUUACCAUAAAAUCACGUAAUUCAACAUGAAGAAUAACCAAUACAAGAAGAAUAAUUGGUUUAAGAAGAGAAAUGAGAAAAAAUCUGAGUAUUUUUAUUACAAUAUGAUCAAUAUUAAUAUUAAU